CCGCUCAACAAGUUCUCCCCUCCUCCUUCCUUCCCCACACACACACCCCGGCUCCCCCGCCCUCCCCAGCCGGGCGCCGCAGCCGAGGAGGGCAGCGGCGGGAAGCGUGAGGCGGCGGCUGCCUCUAGCGAGCGCCGGGGCGGCCGCAGCUGAGCGCCCGGCGGGCGGGAGGGCGAAGGCGGCGGGCGGCGCGGCGGCUCCGGCGGGCGGCAGAUGAGCGACCGGCGCGGAUUUCCUGACGGCCAGCUCGCCCCGGCGGAGGGAAGGAGAUGCAGCGCAAGGGGAGCGCCCAGACCGCCACUUCUGCCUGAGGAAGCGUAAGGCAUCAUGGUGAGUAAGGAGUCCAGCAAAUGCUUACUCACCACCUCGGAAAGCGAAGUUGAGCCGGCGGCUUCACUCGCGUUGGAGAUGAAAUAUGCACUGGAUCCCAACCGGCAAAUUAAGAAACGAAACAAAGCCCUCCAGGUGAGAUUUAAAGAUAUCUGCGAGGCCCAGAACGAGCAGAGGGACAAACAGCUGUCCACCACACAGGAUCCCGACAAGAGGGAAGCCAAGGCCAUUUCCUACAAAACGGCUUAUCGCAAGUACAUGACAGUGCCUGCCCGGAGGUCAAUACCCAACGUCACCAAGAGCACAGGAGUUCAGACUUCGCCCGAUCUUAAAAAGUGUUACCAGACCUUUCCUCUGGACCGGAAAAAAGGGAAUAUUCUAAAAAGCGCCUCGACUGUCGACACCUUUAAGAGCCAAAACAACGGGUUUCUAAUAGACGUUAAGGACAAAGACGACAGAAGCUCAGGGGAGGCCGUUCAGUGGAGCAAGAAGGCCGGCAGCCUGCAGACGGCGGAGUUCAUAUCCCACAUCAACGAGCGCGCCAACACGGGGUCUCGCGCCAACGGGGCUGAGGCCUGGGUAAGCAGCGAUUUGCACAGCUCUCCCAAAGAGCUGCCUCCUCCUGCUCCUCUCCCAAACUCGGCCGACCCCGCUUUGGAGGAACCCGCUGCCCCCCGGCCGCCCAGCCGAGGGAAACCUGCAACGGGGCGGCUGGGGAGCGAGGAGGCCGCCCAACCCCUCCACGCGAGGGUUUUCAAGACUGAAGUGGCCACCGUUUAUUUACCGGCGGCUGGUUCCCACGCCUCGCAGCCCGACCUGUCAAACCUCGCGGCCGAGGCCGACUGGUCACCGUGCUCCACAGCCGAGGAGGACAAAAAGAGGACCGUGCACCUCAACGGUGUUCAGCCCCAGGAGGGAGAUGCUCGAGCCUGCUCGUCGCGGUGCCAAGCCACCGAGUGUAACGAACAGACCCUGCAGAUAAACGUUUCGCCGAUGGAGGAGAACCAGCCUUGCCAGACGGCUGUGGCGGUGAGCGAGGAAUGCCAACAAAUCGUGCCUCACACGGAAGUUGUGGACUUGAAAGCGCAGCUUCAGAUGAUGGAAAAUUUGAUCAGCUCUAGUCAGGAAACCAUAAAAGUGUUGUUGGGUGUUAUACAGGAGCUAGAGAAAGGAGAAGCUCACAGGGAAGGGCUUUCAUAUCGGACUGGUCAAGACACGGCUAAUUGCGACACAUGCAGGAACAGUGCAUGUAUUAUCUAUAGUGUGGAAUUGGAUUUUAAACAGCAAGAAGACAAACUACAGCCAGUUUUGAGAAAACUUCAUCCCAUUGAGGAAACUCAGGUUGCACCUUUGCCUUAUUCUCAGGAGAGCUACUCCUCCACUCCCAAGCAAAAAUCCAAAACUGAAUCAAAAAAGCACGGAAGAUGGAAACUCUGGUUCCUUUAACCCAAGUUCUUUGCGUGUGGAGUUCAAGGCCUUCUUUGAAAAAAUAUCUGGAGUUCUAUCAGUCAUCUACGAUGGGAUCUCGGUAGAGCGAGCAGCGUUACUGGCCAACGUAGUUCUGAGCGUUCUGGCAGCGUUCGGUUCUCACCGUAUGUACCAAAAAGGCCUCUGUACCUAGGAACUCGUGUCCAGAAGCAAGGCGUUAGGUAAUACCUUGCCAACUUCUAUUUGCAGUUCACCAAUGUGGGAUGUAAAACCUGAAUAGAAAUUUGUACAAAGCUGGAAAGGAAAACUAUUUCCAUGCCCCACCCCCCCCCCCAGAUCUGAAAGCGUCACAUUCUAACCUUUUAAAUUGUAGGCUGUCAUCCUGUACACAGCUAAAUAUCACUAUUGUUUUAAAGCCUUUGGGGGGUUUGGUUUAGUGUCUUUAAACACCGAGGGGGGAAAACAAACAAACAAACAAAAGCAAGCAAGCCUUAUGUUUGCAAUGGUCUUCAGUUUUACAAAUCCAUGUUGAUUGGGGAGUGCAGUUUUCAGCACAUAUAUCCUGGACAAAGCACAAUUUUUCACGUGGUCCGAGACCGUGAGCAAUCUCUAAGACGUGACUAUGUGUAUAUUUGCCUUCACGCGAUGUAGACUUCAACCAAGCUAUCCCAUUUCGACCGCGCACCGUCAUCUCCAACCGAGCAAUGUCCUCACCACCAGGCCAACCAGGUUGCUGCUGGUCUCCACUGGGCGAGCGGCUAAAAACCUCCCCCGGGGGGCCAGGGGAAGCCUCUAACACCUCAAGCUGACAGGGGCAAGGCCACGGGACAAUCACCUGUCCUAGAUCACAUUUUAAUCUUUUGGUACCCAAAAGGUCUAAAUGAUACAUUCUGGCACAGACAAAAAAAAAAAAAAAACAAAAACAAAAACAAAAACAAAACCAAAAAACACACGCACACAAAAAACCCCCACAAACAAACAGCCCCACAAACACAACAAUCAAAAGCUCUACGGAUCCUUGGGGCAUUUGCCGUAAUUCAGGAUCUUUUUGUUACGCAGUCUUUGGAAAACCUCUACACUAUUGCAGAAGGCAGCAGAAAAUUUACAGUAUGCAUCACGCUCUGAAACCUGUUUGGAAGGAGCAGUAAAUUUCAAACGCCAUUUAUUUACUAAGCCUCUCAGAUGGGUUUCCCAACUUACAAUAAUUUAUAUCUCAAUCUAUUAAUUGUACUUGCGAACCAACACAUAUAGGGAAGAGAUGGGAAUCCAUUUUUUCCCCAGUUUUUUGUUGUUUAGUUUUUUGGUUUUUUUUAAAUGACACAAAAUUUCGCUCUGAAUUAUAAACUGCAACUUUUUUCCUUGAAGUAUUUGCUACUGUCAUUAAACCUGCAUCUAGACUGACCGUUUGUGGAAAAAUUUAUCGUGCUAGAAGUGGCCAGGGAAUCUUCUUGUCGUCUUUUUUUUUGUUUUGUUUUUCCCCAAGACAAUUUGACUCAGUGUCACGUGAUCAUUCGGUUUUCUAAGAAUUGGUUUUCCAAUUGCAUACCCUGCAGCAUCAGUAAGAUACAAAUUCUUGAAUCUUUAGGUGGAAGAAAUGUAAUCAUUAUAGAAGGGUUUA